UUCUAUUACGGUUGUGUAUUUGCGUAAGUUGAGAAGGAAAAUUGAGACUUGAACACGUUUAGCUCUAGCUUGUACCUAUUGUUGGUUUCUAAAUUGAUGAGGACAGUUGUGAUUGCUUAAAGGGGAUAUAAAAUUUGGGUGGUAUUUUUGCAUCGAAGUUGCUUUGUUAGUGCGGUUGUUUUUAUGAUUGUUGUAUGCGGCAGCCAUUUGUGUGUUGUGAAUUGUGUUGGUAAAUUGGUAAAUGCGGGAAUCGGCUUUCUUGUGUCGAGUUGGAUGCCGGAGUGCUCAAGUUCGAUUUUUUUGCUUGUGUACUCUCGAAAUACAGGUGGCACUGAAGAAGGAUAAUGGUAAAACAGUGCUAAUCCCUGUCUUUCAUAGUCAAGAUACCAUAUCUGGGAAGAUAUCCAUCGAACCGAUUUCAGGGAAGAAGGUGGAACACAAUGGUAUCAAGGUCGAGCUCCUUGGUCAGAUUGAAAUGUACUUUGACAGAGGAAACUAUUACGACUUUACUUCCCUAGUUCGUGAGCUGGAUGUUCCUGGAGAGAUAUAUGAGAGGAAAACAUUUCCCUUUGAAUUUUCAACUGUGGAGAUGCCAUAUGAGACAUAUAAUGGGACGAACGUGCGGCUUAGGUACGUCCUAAAAGUCUCAAUAAGUCGGAAUUAUGGUGGAAGCAUAGUGGAAUACCAAGACUUCGUGGUUCGGAAUUAUGCUCCUCCUCCAUCUAUUAACAACAGCAUUAAGAUGGAAGUUGGGAUUGAGGACUGCCUUCAUAUUGAGUUUGAAUACAACAAGAGCAAGUACCAUUUAAAAGAUGUCAUUGUUGGCAAAAUAUAUUUUCUUCUUGUAAGAAUCAAGAUUAAAAACAUGGAUCUUGAGAUCAGACGCAGAGAAUCAACAGGAUCAGGGACGAACACGCAUGUCGAGACUGAGACACUUGCGAAGUUUGAACUGAUGGAUGGCGCUCCAGUCAGAGGUGAAUCAAUUCCUAUCAGAUUGUUCUUAAGCCCGUAUGAGCUAGCUCCAACAUAUUCAAAUAUCAAUAACAAGUUUAGUGUGAAAUACUAUCUCAACCUUGUCCUUGUUGAUGAAGAGGACCGCCGAUAUUUCAAGCAACAAGAGAUCACAAUGUACAGGCUUAGUGAGACCUCCUGAUUUAACUGAAGAUUGGAUUGACUGCUUUGUUGAGUCUUGUUAUUUGAGGAGGUGCAGGUAGUGAUCUGGCUUCGUAGAGGACGAGAACAACCGUGUCUUUUUUUUGUUUGUUUUUGUUUUUAAAAUUUCGUAGCUGUCGUGUAGUCGAUCUCUGAGCAAAAUACAUAAAUCUGUAUAGAGGAGGAUUCUGUAGAUGGAGUUUUGUGCUGACCUCUGAUUUAUGUUUUAAGACGAUGACUUAGCUAGGAGGAUUGAUGCUAUUUCUUGA